UUUCAAACGAAUUUUGGUAUUGCUAAUUGAGGAAUUAUAUUCUUCGUUAAUGUAUACCUCUGUUGAGUUUCGAUGUAAAGUAGGCUUUUCCGUUCCAGUACAGUGUUAGUUAAUUAGUUUUGAAGGGUUCUCUCCAUCAACAUGGGGGCCUACAAAUACAUCCAAGAGCUUUACCGCAAGAAACAAAGUGAUGUGAUGAGAUUCUUGCUACGUAUAAGGUGCUGGCAAUAUCGCCAGUUGACAAAGAUGCACCGAGCUCCUAGACCAUCACGACCAGAUAAAGCUCGUAGAGUGGGAUAUAAAGCCAAGCAAGGUUAUGUCAUCUACCGUAUUUGUGUCCGCCGAGGAGGUCGUAAGCGUCCAGUACCAAAGGGAGCAACUUUUGGUAAACCAAAAAGCCACGGAGUAAACCAGCUGAAGCCAACUCGCAACUUGCAAUCUGUUGCUGAAGAGCGUGUUGGCAGGCGAUGUGGAGGUUUGCGUGUCCUUAAUUCAUAUUGGGUUGCACAAGAUUCUACUUACAAAUAUUUUGAAGUUGUCUUGAUUGAUCCAUCUCAUAACGCCAUCCGUCAUGAUCCCAAGGCCAAUUGGAUAUGUAAGGCCGUCAUGAAGCAUCGUGAAUUACGCGGAUUGACUUCUGCAGGCCGCAAGUCACGAGGUUUGGGUAAAGGACAUCGGUAUAGCCAAACUAUUGGAGGAUCAAGGCGUGCCGCAUGGUUAAGGAGAAAUUCCUUGCAGCUGCGCAGGAAACGUUAAUGCUUUUAUUAUUGUUACUGUGUAAAGAAUGGAUAAAGGUGUAUGGUCUGGCAAUGGAAGAAGGUAAAGUAAUUGUUUGAC